GGAGCUGCAACAAAUUUCAUUACUAGAAGUCAAGCAGUGCGGAAAUUGCAACUUAGUUUGGCCGAUUUUAGACGAUUGUGCAUACUCAAGGGAAUAUAUCCACACGAACCAAAGAAUAAAAAGAAAGUCAGCGGUGGUGAUACUGCUUUCAGGACGUACUAUUACAUUAAGGACAUCAAAUAUCUUGCUCAUGAACCAAUUAUUAAUAAAUUCAGAGAUCAUAAAAUCUUCGUUCGAAAGUUAAGACGUGCAAUCGGUCGUAAAGAAGACGAUAUCGCAUCAAAAUUAAAUGAGAAUAAACCGGUUUAUACACUAGAUCAUAUUGUGAAGGAAAGAUAUCCCUCUUUUAUUGAUGCCUUAAGAGAUUUGGAUGACGCCAUUUCAAUGUUAUUUCUCUUUUCUUCUAUGCCUCAAACCAGUAAAAUCCAGGCAACUGAAUUCAUGCAUUAUGUUAUUCAAUCUAGAAGUCUUCGUAAGGUCUUUUUAUCGAUUAAAGGGAUAUACUAUCAGGUAGAGCUACAAGGUCAAAAUGUAACGUGGAUAGUGCCUUACAAGUUUUCAGAACAGGUUCCUUACGACGUUGACUUUCGUGUUAUGCUUACCUUUCUUGAGUUCUAUAUUACUCUUCUUGGCUUUGUAAACUUCCAGCUGUAUCAUAGUAUCAAUUUAAAAUACCCCCCUCAGCUAGUACGUGAUAGAGCAGCUUUAAAUCAUGUAGCUGUGGAAAACUAUUGUAUGAGCGAUGAAUUAGAGGAUGAGAUCUUAAUUGCUCUCAAUCAAGAUAUAACCAAAUUUGAAUCAGCUGAAUCUGAUACCCCGGAAAUAGAUGAAUUUCCAAUUGAUGAAGAUGCCACUCAGAUGAAAGAAAAAAUGGAAGAAGAGAAAAAAUUUUCAAAAUUAUUCGAAGGACUAAAAUUUUUCUUAUCGCGAGAAGUUCCACAAGAAGCACUGGUGUUUGUAAUUAGAUGCUUUGGAGGUCAAAUUUCUUGGGAUUCACUGACUUCUAUUGGAGCUUCAUAUGAAGAAACUGAUGAAAGUAUAACCCACCAAAUUGUGGAUCGACCAUCUCAAAAGCAUCAGUUUUUAUCUCGGUACUAUGUUCAACCUCAAUGGGUAUUUGAUUGCGUUAAUGCCCGAACAUUACUCUCAGAAGUUGAAUACUUAGCUGGUAUCGUUCUGCCGCCUCAUUUGUCACCAUUUGUAGUUGAAGAAGAAGGGGACUAUGUCCCUCCGGAACGACGACAGUUGCUCAAUCAAACAAGUGAAGAAGUGGAAAUAGAAGAAGAGAAUAAAGGUACGCAUCCUUAA